AGAUAUGUUCAAAAGUGGUGUUGUGGGUUUUCUGAUCACAGUUGGACUGAGACCCUCUUCUCAAGUUUCAAAACGACACAGAAGCGUUACAAAAUAUAAGAAAAUAAUUAAAUAACGCCAACAAAUCGCUUCAUAUUUGUGUCAGGCGUGUGUAAGAAGUCAAGCGCAUCCGAAUCCAGUCCGGCUUUUCGCGGCGACUCUGUCGCACGGACUGGAGUCUGGAUGGUGGAUCGUGGCAGUGAUUGGAGGAGUGUUGGGAAACAAACAGGGAGCGUCGCGUCGCGUCGACCGCAGGCCUCAGUGUUGAUAUUAUAUCGCAAAAGCGCUCGAGCAGAUGCGCGACUGACGGACUGUGGUUUCAUAACGCGCGUCUAGCGGCGCAAAGGACGAUAUGAAGAGCGGAUCGUCGCCGAAGACGCGCGAUGUCCGUCAAAUCCAGCAGCAUGCGGCAUUUGCACGCGCUGUUCCCGGGAUGCUAACUUAAGGCGAUGGCACGACAUUCGACACGAUAGUCUUGAGAGACUGAAACAUCAGUGGUUUCGCUCCCACGCGUGUUUCUGAAGACCCGCGGCCUGUGGAGCGUCAUAACGGCCUUUUGUGUGCCGACAGCUGAGCGACUGCCGCGUACAUAACGGACUGCGUGUCGCUUAUCGUGGAUUUAAUCGAAUGAUCGAGAAGAACCCGUCUCGUCAGAGUUCGGUCACGCCGUCAUUUCAGCACCGAAGGUGAGCGCGCAUGCAAAUGAGUGUGCCAUGCAUCCCCCAACCAAACAGCUGAUGCCCACCUAGACGUCUCUGAACAGACCCCCUCUGGCAGCAGAGGAUGCUGGGAAUGUGCCGUGGCCGCAGGAAGUUCCUGGCUGCCUCUCUCGCGCUGCUCUUUAUUCCGGCCCUCACCUGGAUCUAUCUGUCAUCUGCAAACUUCACCGUGAAACCUCUGCCUCUGUCACCGCUGGAGCUUCAGUCAUCGGCGCUGGUCGGAGCGGCCGGAGAACAUCAGGCUCUGGAGCUCAGGCUGCGAGACACAGAGGACCGGAAACAUGACCAGCGGAGAGACUUUAGCCCGACGCCUCGAGUCUCAACCCACGGCAGCCAUCAUAGCAACGGUCGUCAUGGCAACCACUUACACACCCAUUCCACAGAAGAGGGUACAGGUGAUAGUGAGGCUAAAAAGAGAAACGUCGCCAGCAACAGCUCGGACUGUGUGCGUCAGCCUGUGGUGAACAAAUGUGAGACCAUUCACAUCGCCAUUGUGUGUGCUGGCUACAACGCCAGCAGAGAUGUGGUCACCUUGGUCAAGUCAGUCCUGUUUCACAGACGAAACCCGCUUCACUUCCACAUCAUCGCGGACUCCAUCGCUCACAAGAUCCUGUCUGAUCUCUUUCACACCUGGAUGGUCCCGGCCAUUCACGUCAACUUCUAUGACGCAGAUGAGCUCAAGUCUGAGGUGUCCUGGAUCCCUAACAAACAUUACUCUGGUAUCUACGGUCUGAUGAAACUGGUGCUGACCAAGACUUUGCCCUCGGAUCUGCAGAAGGUCAUCGUACUGGACACGGACAUCACGUUUGCCACCGAUAUCGCCGAGCUGUGGGUCGUCUUCCACAAGUUUAAAGGUCAGCAGGUUCUGGGUUUGGUGGAGAAUCAGAGCGACUGGUAUCUGGGGAACCUGUGGAAGAACCAUCGGCCGUGGCCUGCGCUGGGGCGGGGCUUUAACACAGGUGUGAUUCUGUUGUUGUUGGAUCGUUUGAGGAAACUGAAGUGGGAGCAGAUGUGGAGACUGACGGCGGAGCGAGAGCUCAUGAGCAUGUUGUCCACAUCGCUCGCUGAUCAGGACAUCUUCAACGCUGUCAUCAAACAGAAUCCGUUCCUGGUCCAUCAGCUGCCGUGCUUCUGGAACGUUCAGCUGUCGGAUCACACACGCUCUGAGAAGUGCUACAAAGACGUGUCUGAUCUCAAGGUGAUUCACUGGAACUCGCCGAAGAAACUGCACGUCAAGAACAAACACGUGGAGUUCUUCAGAAACCUCUACCUGACCUUCCUGGAGUACGACGGGAAUCUCUUGAGGAGGGAACUCUUCGGCUGUCCCAGUGAAACCGACCACAACUCUGAAAACCUUCAGAAGACUCUGUCUGAGCUGGAUGAAGAUGACCCGUGUUACGAGUUUCGUCGGGAGCGCUUCACCGUGCACCGCACGCACGUUUAUUUCCUGCAUUAUGAGUAUGAACCCAGCGCAGACAACACUGACGUCACGCUGGUGGCCCAGCUCUCCAUGGACAGACUGCAGAUGCUGGAGGCCAUCUGUAAACACUGGGAAGGUCCCAUCAGUCUGGCUCUUUACCUGUCAGACGCUGAAGCUCAACAGUUUCUGCGUUACGCUCAGGGUUCAGAGGUCCUGAUGAGCAGAAGUAAUGUGGGAUAUCACAUUGUCUAUAAAGAAGGACAGUUUUACCCCGUUAACCUGCUGAGGAACGUCGCUAUGGGACAGGUGAACACUCCCUACAUGUUCCUGUCCGAUAUCGACUUUCUGCCCAUGUACGGACUGUACGAGUACCUCAGGAAAUCGGUCGUGCAGCUCGACAUGGCGAACACUAAGAAGGCUCUGGUGGUCCCCGCGUUCGAAACGCUUCGGUACAGACUGUCCUACCCCAAAUCUAAAGCCGAGCUCCUGUCACAGCUCGACAUGGGCACCCUCUUCACGUUCAGAUACCACGUGUGGACAAAAGGUCACGCCCCGACAGACUUAGCCAAAUGGCGGACGGCCACGACGGCGUAUCGCGUGCAAUGGGAGCCUGAUUUCGAGCCGUACGUGAUGGUCAGACGAGAAAGUCCCGAGUACGACCGACGAUUUGUUGGGUUCGGCUGGAAUAAAGUGGCACACAUAAUGGAGCUGGACGCUCAGGAAUAUGAGUUUGUGGUUCUGCCCAACGCCUACAUGAUCCACAUGCCCCACGCGCCCAGUUUCGACAUCACCAAGUUUCGCUCGAACAAACAGUAUCGCGUGUGUCUGAAGACGCUAAAGGAGGAGUUUCAGCAGAACAUGUCCCGGCGCUACGGUUUCGCAGCGCUCAAGUACAUGACAGUGGACAACAACAGCUAGCCGAGAUAAUCCUGGAGUGUCCCGAUGACAGCCGUGAGCGCCGGCCGGGCAGCGGCGGAGACUGAUGUGAGGUGGCACGGCUCGCGAUCCAUCCGUUCAUUCAGGGAUCUGAGAAACACACUACUGGCUUCUGAGUUGACGAUAAAGAAAAACUUUUCGAGUCGUUUAUCUUUUGAAUAAUUCUCAAAUAAGAACGACACUUAUUCACGUCCGAAGGAAGCCUUGAAUCUGUCUGCUGUGUGUCUGUGGAUUGAAGGUUUGGUUCUCGUGUAAAGAGACGGCGAUAGGAUGAAUGUUGUCGUGUGUUGUACAGUAGCUGAAUUAUGUUUAAUAUACAGGGAACUUUACUCACUGAACUGGCAAUAAGACGUGAAGAGAGGCCAAAGCAAACACUUCACAAGCGUUUCGGAGGAUGUUUUCACAGAGACUAUAAGCAAAAACAUGUCGGAAUCAAUUUCCAUUGAGAACUGAAGUGUGCUCAAAUCAUUUGUAAAAUCAGAAGUAGAUUUACAGUUCUGACAACACACCAGACAUCUAACGUAUGUGUUUGCUUCCAUCUGAAUGAUCGUCUCUAAAGUGUUCACUCUCAGAUGUUAAAAAGACGUUCAACAGACGUUUUGGAGACGUUCAUUUCAAUUACAAGAGAGCUUGUGGUUCUCAAUAAGUCCCCGUCUGCCUUGGUUUGACAAACUAAUAGUCCCCCAAAACCCGUGGCAUUGGUUGAGUCCGAGGUUUACAGGUCAGACCGCUCAAACAAUCACAUCUUCCUGAUCAUCUCUGCUGUAUGACUUUAUUUGUUGGUCAUUCGACAUUCACUACUGACAGUCAAACCCACAACGUGCUUUCACGGAGAACAGCGGCUUCACUUCAGGACCCAAGUUGUAUGUCUUACAGCACAUUGCUUUUGUUCAUGGUUUUUGAGGAUUGUCUCAUUGGUCUGCUUCUGUUGUUAGAACUCGUGACCCGGCGGUUCAGACCCACUGGUGUCAAGGAUGUUUUAGGCUGUGUAUAAAGAGAUGAAAUAAAGCUAUGAUAACUCCAUACUGGAGUCACGAUGAAAAAAGAUUUCAGGUAACACACGUCUGAGUUUUGCUUCAUUACGCUGAACAGAGAUAUUUACAUCAUAUUUUGGUACAUAUCCUAUUGUGGUCUCAUUACAGCGCUGCUGUGGACAUCACCGUGUACCUCACAAUUCCUUU